AUGCCUUCCACAGUUGUAAACACAGAUGAAUAUGAAUUAGUUCACUUGACUGAAAGAGAAGUUAUAGAAUUCACAAGAAGACAAAACGCAGAGGCUUGGAAAGGUAGAUUAUCUGCUGAAGACUAUGUCUUGAGAGAACAUGUCUUGGGAAAAUCAAAGAUUACUUCUUCUGAUGUUAAUAGAUUGAUGGUAUUCAUGUUGAAGAAAGUUAAUGAUACAAUUCCAUUAUGUUCUAUUGAAUUUUUGAUUCGUAAAUCUUGGAAAUUUGUUUAUGAAAAUGACAAAGUUGUCCAAAAAGAAGUAUUGAGUGGUUGUAUUGGAGGGGUGUUUACCUAUCCUGAAAAUCGUGGUAAAGGAUAUGCAAAAAUAAUGGUUGAUAAGUUAGUAGAAAUUGCCAAGAGUGAUUUACUCGGUCCAGAAGGGUUCACAUUUCUAUAUUCUGAAAUUGGAGAAUAUUACAGCAAGAAUGGAUUUUUGUCCUUGGGUGUUGACUUGAUGAAUAUCCCAUUAGAAAACUCAAAAGUUGAUAAAGAUGUCAAAGAUUGUAAAUAUGAAUUAAUUGACUAUCAUCAAUUUGAACCAUUAAUGAAUGAAUAUGCAGAAAAGUUCAAAGAAGACAUUAUUGCAAAAGUUGAACAAGAUCAUAUCACAAGAGUAGGAGUUGUACCAACUUCUGAUAUUGUUGAUUGGUUCCAUUUAAGAUCAAAAUAUAUUUCCUACAAAUUAUUCCAAGAGGAUAAUGCAGCAUCUCAAUCUAUUGACUUUUAUAACGAAUCUUAUGAUUCAAUUACAUAUAAAUUGGAGCAUUGUCAACCCAAGAAAUUCGGUUUGAAAUUAUUCAAUGAUAAUGGAGAUCUCGCAGGUUUCAUAGUAUGGACAAUCGAUUGGUCCUCAUUAACAGAAAAUUACGCUACAAUCUUAAAAAUUGUCCUGUUUGAUGAAAACAAGGCUGAAACUACAACCAAAUUAUUAAAAUUAUUCAAGAAUUUUAUUAUAUCCAAUCCAAUUGUGGGUCAAACUACAACCAAGAUUGUAUUAUGGGAAUCCGAAGUUUGUGAACCUGUCAAAUCCUUCUUGAUUGAAAAAUGGGGUUCUAAACAUGGUCUCUAUAAUGGUUCCAGAUCAGCCAUUUUGAUUAAUAACAAAUUGGAAGAUUCUCAAUUAAGACAAGGUCAAGUUAUUUGGGAAGGAAAUGAUAAGCUUCCAUGGUUUUAG